UCUCAUACACACACUCGCAACUUCUAUUCCGUGAAUAAAGUCUUCUCUCUGGAUAGGCCGCGUGACCCCAAUGAACAUGGAUAUUCUCACUCUGGCAUCCUUUGCUCUCACCCCUUCCAUUGAACAUUACGCCUAGAGUGGUACUACAGUAUACACGCAAUCCACACAAGCUCUGCUUCUCUACAGCAUGACCAGUCAGGUUGGGAGCAUGACGAAGGCUGCUGUUCUCCGGUCGCCCUUGGCACUCUCAUCGAAACUGGUUUUAGAGCAGCCGCUUGAACCCAGUUGUGAGUGAUUGCCAUGGUCGCUUUCAAUCUCCCAGUUGCGCUCAUAGCGCUGGCUUCGACUGGAGUAUCAGCAGCAGCGUCUCCUGCUUGGUCGUUUGUGCAGAAGGGCACAACGGGGAUCGUCGCGCUCGAAGCUAUCGUGGUCUCUCCGACGCUCGUCGUGUUCUUUGACCGGGCCGUCAAUGAUCCACUCAAGACAGCCGAUGGCAAAACAGCUUGGGGUGAACUCUGGGAUCUGGAGACCAGCACGGGGACGCCGCUCAAGCUGAUCUCGGACACGUUCUGUGCGUCUGGCGCGUUGCUCAGUAACGGCACGAUGGUUUCCGUGGGCGGGACCACGCCUGAGCCAACAAACCUGAAUCACACUGGGGCGGUGGAUGGCCGGAUGGCUCUCCGGCUCUUUGGACCUUGUUUGGACCCCCCUGCUGGACCGGGUUGCACCGUGUUCGAAGAUCUGGAGCACCUUCAUAUGGAGGAAACGCGCUGGUAUCCUUCCUCGAUCAGAAUCUUUGACGGCUCCCUGAUGAUUGUUGGUGGAAUACAUGAGCAGACGACCUUCUACAAUACGGAUCCCGUGAACAACUUCGAGUUCUUUCCAGCCAAGGAUGGCGGAGCACCUCGCCCUUCUGCUUUCCUCGAGCGCAGUCUGCCUGUAAACUUAUUCCCUCGGGCUUUUGCUUUGCCUGAUGGAAAAGUCUUCAUGGUCGCCAACAACCAGUCGAUCAUCUACGAUAUCGAGGCUAACACGGAAACGAUCCUGCCUGAUCUGCCCAAUGGUGUUCGGGUCACAAACCCGAUGGACGGUACCGCUCAGCUCCUUCCGCUGGCGCCACCACACUACAUUCCGGAAGUCCUCGUUUGCGGUGGAUCUGACAAGAGCGACCAGAUCCCUACCUCGCAACUGUCGUCGGAGGAUCGGGCGACGACCCAAUGCAGUCGCAUCACUCUGACGUCAGCUGGGAUCGCGAAGGGAUGGGAGGUUGAGCACAUGCCCCAGGCUCGUGUUCUGGCCGAGAUGAUACUGCUUCCCAACGGCGAACUCAUGAUCAUCAACGGUGCCGGCUCUGGUUAUGCGGGAUUCAAUGGACUCGGCCACACUACCGGCAAUUCGAAUGCCAACCAUCCCGUACUUACCCCGAUUCUGUACAAGCCGUCUGCAAACGUGGGCGCGCGCAUGACCCAGGUCGGGUUCCCGGCAUCGAACAUCCCUCGACUGUACCACUCGACCGUGACUCUUACUCCGCAGGGUAACAUCCUUCUCGCCGGAUCGAAUCCGAAUGCCAACGUCACUCUUGUUCCUCCGGGGCAGCCAGGGUUUUCAUCCGAGUUCCGGGUCGAAACACUGAAUCCUCCCUUCAUGGGCAUGAAUCGACCGAUACUUUCACAGGUCCCCGCUAAAAUUGGAUUCAAUCAGCGGUUUACGAUGGGCCUGGACCUCCCCGCUGAUGUACGGGCCACCUCCUCUAUCAAAGUGGCUUUGAUGGAUCUCGGCUUCUCUUCCCAUGGAUUCCAUUCGAGCGCCCGGCUCGUGUUCAUGGAUGCCACUCUAUCCAAAGACAAGCGCACACUGACUGUUCUCAGUCCUCCCAACAAUCGCGUGUACCCCCCAGGUCCAGCAUAUAUCUUUGUAACUGUUGGCGAGAUGACCAGUGCGGGCGCGCAUGUCAUGAUUGGUUCUGGAGGCGAUCCUCCGGUAAAGGAUCAGGGAAUACCCCUGCCGGUCCAGUGACAUGAGAGUAAUUGAAUCGCUGUAAAGAAUAACAAUACGUUUCUGCUCAAGAGCGUAGUUUGCCGCCCAGCGCUCACGUGUCAGGCCGCGGCCGAAGCUCACAUUCCAAAUUAGGACGCUCUCACACGCUUGUCCUUAACUUUCAAGACCUUCUACUCGCACUCUACCUAGUCUUUACACCUUUGAACAUGUACGCUCUCAUGCAAAGACGAUCAAGUGCGCACUUGACCCCGGCUUCAAUCUUAUCCGCAUCUUCAUAAACGCGCGACCCCCGAACCUCGCAUGCAUCGUUGCAGUGCCGCUCAAGGCUUGACCGGGAUGUAUCAUACCCGGCACUUUCCCAUUUGCUUCCUGUACCCACUCCCCGCAUCUUCGAAGAACCAGCUACCCAGAAAGGAGUCGGAGGAAAUGACACGGGUUCGGCCGGUUUCGUGAAAUCACUGAGGUUGCAGGAAAAACCGGGUCGGCGCUCCAGGAUUCAAGCCGUAGUUCCGCGGUCGGACGACUCUCUCACUGAACUGUCCUUGGCGCUCCCAUCGGAUGUGCCUUUUAAGCAGGCGUUUAGCGCCUGACUUUAGACGCGCAUUGCAUAGAGGAUGGGUGCUCCGCUCAAAGUCACGUUCGCGACGCUCGCCGUCAUCGUAUCCGCCCUUGCGGCCCCGUCUCCUGCCUGGAACUUUGUUGAAAAGGGGGUCUCUGGGAUCAUCGCGCUCGAAGCGAUCGUUGUGUCCCCGAAGCUCGUCGUGUUCUUCGACCGCGCGACGAACGACCCCCUCAAGACCGCAGAUGGCAAGACGGCAUGGGGCGAGCUUUGGAACUUGGAGACCAACACCGGAACACCGCUCAAGCUCGUUUCGGACACUUUCUGCGCCUCUGGUGCGCUUCUCAGCAACGGCACGAUGGUCUCCGUCGGCGGGCACAUCCCCGCAGCUGCCGACCUGAAUCAGACUGGGGCAGUG